GCUACGACUUGAAUGGAGCCUCAGCAUAUUGUCUCCAUUGAAGAACAUCACUCGAGGAAGGUUGUCGGAUCAAUAGAAGCUGGUGAAGGGAGCAGUGGUGCCGGCCAACACCCGCCUGCCACUGCCAUGGAGGAAAAGAUUGAAAUGUUAAAGCGGGCAGGAACCCAACCGGGAGCGGUUGAAGGGGCAAAAAUACAAAAGGUUAUAUUCUUGCUGCGAGAUCACAAGUCUUUCGUUAAGUACUUUGAGCCAAGAGUGGUGUCGCUCGGCCCUAUGCAUCAUGGCAACCCAAAGUACCAUCUAGGAGAGAUGUACAAGCAUAAAUUGGCAUAUGAGUUUGUCAAACAAUUCGGCUGCAAUGAUGGAAAUACUUUAGACGACGAUAUAAAUUAUUUACACGGGAAGAUUAAGAAGGAAAUCAAGCAACUGAGGGGAUGCUUCGAGGAGGAAGUGACAAAGAAUUAUGAUGAUGAGGCUCUCGCUUGGAUGUUGUUCGUGGACGGCUGCGCAAUACUACAAUACAUAUUCUGUGCUGCAAAAAACAAGUUCGAAGAGUUGAAUAUAAAAAAUGACAGCGUAGCCUUCGCUCAGCAGGAUUUGUUUCUAUUGGAGAACCAAGUUCCCUAUCGUCUCCUCAAGUUAUUGAUGAGGUACAGCGGGAAGGAAGAGCAGUUAAGAAACUCGAUUGAAAGUUUCAUUCAAAACGUUAAUUAUCAGCAAACAGAGCAGCAAAAACAAGGAGAAAGAGACCCGAUCCAUCUCCUCGACCUUUUGAGAACAAGACUCUUGGGUCCUCCGCCUUGCCCGAAAGCCAAACCAUCAUCAAGUAGAUGUCCAUUUACACAUCAAGAGGACCAAGAUUGGCAAACAUAUCGCAACGUGCAAGAGCUUAAAGCAGCAGGAAUCCAUUUGAAACGUAACAAGAAUAAUAGUUACUUGAGAAACAUAAGUUUCACUAGACGAUUCGGAUUCGAUUUCUACUCGGGAUACCUUUGCCUUCCUCCAAUUACUGUGGACGACUCAACGGCCCCCAAGUUCAUGAACUUGAUAGCUUACGAAAUGUGCCUGGAUUUCGAGAACGACUUCGGCGUCAGCUCUUACAUAUCCUUCCUAGAUUCACUCAUCGAUGAAGCCAAUGACGUCAAAUAUCUGAGGAAGGCACGUGUGCUGCACAACUUCCUUGGCAGCGAUCAAGAAGUGGCUGAACUCUUCAAUGCGAUAGGCACCGACUUGGUGCCUAAUGCCGAAGCAUAUAAGGAUGUCAAAAUCCAGAUUCAGGCGUACUACGAAAGCAAGUGGUUGACCUGGAUGGCUCAAUUCCGUCAAGAUCAUUUCAGCAACCCCUGGACUAUCAUUGCUUUCUUGGGCGUAUUAUUGGUACUUGCUCUAACUUCCGUUCAGGCUUGGUUCGCAGUCUUCCCCGCUAAGAAAUGAUGAUCAGCAUGAAACUCAACAUGA